GUCAUGAUGGGGCCCCCGAACAACAACACUAACGCGAGCUAAAUGUAAAAAUGAAACAGACAAUGAGCAGCGCGUUUCAUUCACUAACUCAAUUCAUGUUGUUUCGAGUGAACAAUCCGGCGCGAAUUUCCGAGCAUAUCGCUAUCUAGAGCGCACUGAAUAUCUCACACGAGUUACUGAAAAGGGCGAUGUCUUCCUGAAGUAACGAUGGAUGAAAGCGGGCAGAAGGUGCUGUGUGAUGAUGAUGAUCUGGUGAUCAUUGUGGAGAAUGAGGCGGAGAGUAUGCCGGUGCAGGACGCUGAUGUUCGGGAUCAUCACAGCGGUGUCCUGAUGGACGUGUGUCCCGUGUGUAAACUCAGUUUCACCAGCAGAGAGCCCAAACUGCUGCCCUGUCUGCAUUCAUUUUGCAGCAGAUGUUUACCGGCCUCCUCCGCCAGGCCUGCGCAACAAUUGAACACAAUCCGCUGUCCGGUGUGUCAGCAGGAGUGUAUGGAUGUUGAGGUCUUGGAUAACUUCUUUGUCAAGGAUUCCAUGGAAGUGCCGAGUAGUACGAUGGAAAAGAGCUGUCAGCUGUGCGUGAGUUGCGAUGACAAUACCGAGGCGAGCUGUUUCUGCGUGGAGUGUGUGGAGUUUCUGUGUGUCACCUGCAUGGAAGCACAUCAGCGUGUGAAGUUCACCCGAGAUCACACGCUCAGACAAAUGACAGAGAUGUCUUCAGAGGCGAUGGGCGCGUCCACACAGAAGCCCGUUUUUUGUGAGAUUCACAAGCAGGAGCCGUUGAAGCUUUUCUGUGAAACCUGUGAUCGGCUCACCUGCAGAGACUGCCAACUACUCAAACACAAGGACCACAAUUACCAGUUUCUCGACGACGCAUAUAAGAACCACAAGGAACACCUGGAAAACAUGACCUGCCAGCUUCAGGAAAAGAAGAAAGCAAUAGAGGACGUAUUUAUCACCAUAAACAAUGGUCUUCAGCAAGUGGAUGAAAAUCGCAAGACUGUGGCGAACGAGAUCAAAAAAUCCAUCUGCAAUCUCAUAAUGGAGAUCAACAGGAAAGGAAAGAUGUUAGUCAAUCAACUCGAGGCAAUCACAAAAGACCAUGAAACUCUCCUGAAAAGGCAGCAACAAGAUGUAACCUCACUGUCCACACAUCUCAAUCAUGUGAUCAACUUCACUAAGUGGGCCACAGCCAGUAACAGUGGAACUGCCCUCCUCUACUGCAAACGCCUGAUCACGUGUCAAAUCCAGUACCUCAUGCGAGCAAAGUGUAACAUCUCGUAUGUUCCUCAGAGUUCAGUUCGAUUCCAGUGUCGAACGACUUUUUGGGCUUCAAAUAUUGAUCUUGGGUCUCUAAUCGUAGAGAAAGUUCCUGUCCGACAUCUGAGCCGUCCACAGCCAUUCUCAUUACAGCAAAUGAACGCAGGGCCCAGACCGGAUGGUGUUCAGGGUGGGUGCUCCAGCACACAGUCACAGCAGCAGCAGCAGAGACAGAGCACACUCGCACAGCUGCAGAUGCAGGUGGAGAAACUCAGCCAGCACACCAACCGAAAUCAACCGCCUAAUCAGUGGCCAUGGUUCCACGGCAUGCGUGUACAUGGACCGCCCCCUUAUAGACCCCUGCAGGGUGGGUCACCAUCUCAGUCUUUAACCAGCAUGCCUCAACACGGGCGGCAAUAUAACGCGAGGAGUCCUCCACCUGUACUGCAGCCCACGGCUCUGCCUCCACAGAGUCUGAGGGGACCCAUCUACCCUCCUAAACCGAUGGAGGUGCCGCAAAGGACACACUAUCCGCACAAUGCUGCUCUCUCCAGUUCAGGUUCACUUCCAUCUCCACAUGUACCCCAUCAAGUGAUGACGGGAGGCCAUUUCCUUGCUCUGUUGGUGGGCUGUACGGUGGCUGAUUGUUUAUGGAAAAAUCAGCAAAGUCGACUCGUUAAAAAGGAAGAGAAAUCUUCUUCAAUUCUGCAGGCAAAAGGGUGA